UAGGUUCCACAAUGGUACAGGCAGCAUCACGCUGCACAAUGGUUUCCAGGCAGUGAAAGAGGGUGAUUCAGCAAGCCACUCUCCUUCUUCUUUUUUAAAAUCCUCCCCUUUUCUUUUUAUUUUUAUGGGGGUUGGUGGUGCAUGUUAUAUGCUUACCUUUUUUUUUUUUUUCCGUUUUCAUUUUUACAAAUUUCUUUUUUUCUCCUCACCCCUCAAUUCCUAGGGGCUUGAGUGAGUUUAAGACUGGGUCUUCUUGGAAAUCACCUCUCUAUCAUUAAUUUUAAAUAAUCUCUCCACCUCCAAAAAAUUAUCUUCCUCAUUACAGUUUGGAAUGUGGUCAAUGAAAACCAAGUAGGGAGGAUUUCUGGGGCAGACAUUGCCGGAUCAGGAUCGUAGUUCUCAGACACGGAAUGGCUAGCGUGAGAAAUAUCAACAGCAGGACCAUCUCAGAUCUUGGUUAUGGCAACUCAUGCAGGAAGCUGUUGAAUUAGACCCAUUUCCUAUAGAUGAGAAACCAUAUAAGCAGUGGUAUUUAUGAGCCUUCAUUUCUUAUACUACUGCAGUGAACCAACCUUGGAUGUGAAAAUUGCCUUUUGUCAGGUGUGUGUUCCUUACAGGUAGAACAAGGGAUUUGAUAAACAAGUGGAUGUGUCAUAUAUUGCCAAACAUUACAACAUGAGCAAAAGCAAAGUGGACAACCAAUUCUACAGUGUGGAAGUGGGAGACUCAACCUUCACAGUUCUCAAGCGCUACCAGAAUCUAAAGCCUAUUGGCUCUGGGGCUCAGGGAAUAGUUUGUGCUGCAUAUGAUGCUGUCCUUGACAGAAAUGUGGCCAUUAAGAAGCUCAGCCGGCCAUUUCAGAACCAAACACAUGCCAAGAGAGCUUACCGGGAGCUGGUCCUCAUGAAGUGUGUGAACCAUAAAAAUAUUAUUAGUUUAUUAAAUGUCUUCACACCCCAGAAAACGCUGGAGGAGUUCCAAGAUGUUUACUUAGUAAUGGAACUGAUGGAUGCCAACUUGUGUCAGGUGAUUCAGAUGGAAUUAGACCAUGAGCGAAUGUCUUACCUGCUAUACCAAAUGUUGUGUGGCAUCAAGCAUCUCCACUCUGCUGGGAUUAUUCACAGGGAUUUAAAACCAAGUAACAUUGUAGUCAAGUCUGAUUGCACAUUGAAAAUCCUUGACUUUGGACUGGCCAGGACAGCAGGCACAAGCUUCAUGAUGACCCCUUAUGUGGUGACACGUUAUUACAGAGCCCCUGAGGUCAUCCUGGGAAUGGGCUACAAGGAGAACGUGGAUAUAUGGUCUGUGGGAUGCAUUAUGGGAGAAAUGGUUCGCCACAAAAUCCUCUUUCCAGGAAGGGACUAUAUUGACCAGUGGAAUAAGGUAAUUGAGCAACUAGGAACACCUUGCCCGGAAUUCAUGAAGAAAUUGCAACCCACAGUAAGAAACUAUGUGGAGAAUCGGCCCAAGUAUGCAGGACUCACCUUCCCCAAGCUCUUUCCAGAUUCCCUCUUCCCAGCGGACUCUGAGCACAAUAAACUUAAAGCCAGCCAAGCCAGGGAUUUGUUGUCAAAGAUGCUAGUCAUUGACCCAGCCAAGAGGAUAUCAGUGGAUGACGCCUUACAGCACCCUUACAUCAACGUCUGGUACGAUCCUGCUGAAGUGGAGGCGCCUCCACCUCAGAUAUAUGACAAACAGCUGGAUGAAAGAGAGCACACCAUUGAAGAAUGGAAAGAACUUAUUUACAAGGAAGUGAUGAGUUCAGAAGAAAAGACUAAAAAUGGCGUAGUAAAAGGACAACCUUCUCCUUCAGGUGCAGCAGUGAACAGCAGUGAGAGUCUCCCUCCAUCCUCGUCUGUCAAUGACAUCUCCUCCAUGUCCACCGACCAGACCCUGGCAUCUGACACUGACAGCAGCCUGGAAGCCUCGGCGGGACCCCUGGGUUGUUGCAGGUGACUAGCCGCCUGCCUGCGAAACCCAGCGUUCUUCAGGAGAUGAUGUGAUGGAACACACACAUACACACACACACACAGACACUCAUGCACACACACAAAUGCAGACACAAAAUGUCAAGAAAUCAGAAAGGGAGAGAAUCCAAGCCUAAAAUUGAAACAAAUCUUUCAGCCUGCUUCUUCUCCAAAGUUCUGUAAUGCAGCUAAGCUCAAAUGUCUAUUUAACUUCUAGUUGCUCUUGCUUUGGUCUCCUUCCAGUGAUGCUUAUUACAGAAAGCAGAUCAAACACAAUUAGAGAAGCCUUUCACAUAAAGUGUAAUUUAAAUGGCUGCAAAACCAGCAACCCGUAACUGCCCUUUCAAAUGGCAUGACAAGGUGUGCAGUGGCCCCAUCCAGCAUGUGUGUGUCUCUAUCUUGCAUCUACCUGCUCCUUUUGGCCUAGUCAGAUGGAUGUAGAUACAGAUCCGCAUGUGUCUGUACUCAUACAGCACUAUGUAGAGAUGCUACUGUCAGUGUCCUCAGGGCUGUCCCAAGACAUCACGCACUGGGGUACCACAUGGUCCAUUUCAUGUGAUCUAUUACUCUGACAUAAACCCAUCUGUAAUAUAUUGCCAGUAUAUAAGCUGUUUAGUUUGUUAAUUGAUUAAGCUGUAUGUCUUAUAAGAAACCAUGUAAAGGGGGAUAUAUGAGGGGAGUGAGCUCUCGGACCCUUGAAGAUGUAGCUUCCAAAUUUAAACUGAUUAAAUGGCACCUGUAUACCAAUUUAUAGAAAGAACAUAUGUGAUGCUUAUGUACAGUGUGUGUGUGGGGAGGGGUAACAGUUUUCAGGUUCUGAAUGGUUUGACCUUUAGAAAGAAGGUGUGAAUAAAGGCUGAGGACCUUUUCUCAGACAGCAAACAGGUUGCAGGGAGCAGAGAGUAGGGCUGAGGUGUGGACCAGAACCGAAAGGAAAUUAUUGCCCAGGUGCUAGGGGGCACCACUGUCCAUAUUUUAAAGAGUAGACCCCCAUUUGUCAUUUCUAGAUUACAUGUCAUGACAGGAGGCUGUAGGAGAGUGGCAGGUGGUGAGGCAGGGUCAUCACAUACACUUUGGAAGGUAAGAAUCCUUCCCAGAAACAAAGUGGAAUUGCCUUCCUGUGACUUACUUAGCAGAACACAAGCCCACCUAGACUCCUUUCAGAUUGUAGGUUGACUUUUCUAUUUGUGGACUGCUUCCCAGAUUCAUAUCCUGCCAAGGUUUUAUUUUGAGAAGAAAUACUGCUUUCCUCUUCUGGAAGAAAAAUACAAUUAACUAGUUAAAAUAAAAUCCCCAAAGCACAGGGUGAUCCUUAGAUUAGCAUUUGAAAACAUCUCCAGAGACAUUGGUAUUUCUCAGGAGUUUCCCUGACUCCUUUAUAUGACUAAUGUUUCAUGUUUAUUUAUUUAUUUUCAUGAGUUUGAACAAUCCAAGAAGGGCUGAUAAUCAGAAAUUUGUACUGCAGUAGAUGUGAGAGCAAUAACUGCCACAAGUUACUGCGGCUAAAUGGUGUUAGCAAUAUGAGUUUGUCUCAAAGCCAUGAAGCAUUAAUGUCGAUGUUUAGCAAAAUCAUCUGAAUUUAGUUUCAAUUAAAUGAAAGUGCUUUUCCGAGCACCGAUGGAGGCACUGUGAAACCUCUUGGUUAUAUACUCGGCAAUACCAGUGUGACUUCUCAGCAAUAAUAGGAACGAGACACAGGCUUCCCUUCUUUUUUCACUUUGGUGAAGUACCAUCACAGUUAUUUGCACUCUAGCCAUUUUGGUGCUCACCAAUGUGGUGAUAUUUCACCUGAAAAAGAAGUGAAACACAUGAAAUGGAUGGUUGGUGAGUGUGAUAUGACUGGCAAAUGGAAAGCCCCACAGAAACAGAGAGAAGGAGAAUGCCAUUACUCUGCAAACUGCCUUAAUACAAUAACAGAGAAGCUGUCUCUUUUCAAGCAAUAGAGUCCCUAGGGACCUGCACCCACCACUACCACCACCACCACCACCACGUGAGCUGUGCUUCCUUUGUGGGAUUGCUUCACACACUAGGAUUCCUUAUAAGGGGCAAUUUGCUUAAAAUGGAGAGAACAUCAUUAGAUUGCACAGCUUAUCCCCCGGAAUAAGAAUGUCCCACUCUAUCUUGCUACCAUUCUUUUUGGUUAAUAUUUCAGAUGACCUGGGUCAUAUUAAUGCCCCCUCCUUCAUAUGAGCUCUGUUACUUUUCUUUCUGUUGAAUUCCUUUCUUUUAAACUUCUUUUAUUUGUAUCCAUACUCUCUACUUAUCCUCUUCCUCUGUAUUUUGUCCUUGAUAUAUCUGUGGCCUCACCCCCCAACCCACACACACACUUUAUACCACAUGGGAUUAAGUGCAGAGAGCAGACAGCUGCUUGAAAGACACAAGUCUGGAGGGGAAUUUCAUCAGUCACAGAUGACACCAGACACAAAGGGAGAUCUCCAGCAGCAUCCUCAAAGAUCUUGACAGGAAAGUUAUCUAUCUAUCUAUCUAUCUAUCUAUCUAUAUUUUUUUUUUUUUGGUAGAUGGACACAAUACCUUUAUUUUAUUUAUUUAUUUUUUAUGUGGUGCUGAGGAUCGAACCCAGGGCCUUGCACGUGCUAGGCAAGUGCUCUACCAUUGAGCCCCAGCCCCUGCCCCAGCCCCAGCCCCAGAAAGGUUAUCUUUCAUUUUGCACAAGCAAUGGGAUUUUGCUUCUUUUAUUCACGCAGACCAAAUCUGUCAAGAGCUAGACAUUUCCCCACCCUUGCUAUUGUAGCCUUCCCUAAGCUCCACUAGUCUUUGAUCUCCAGUUCCUUCAAUGGGUCUUGGCGCUGGUUACCUGUAGUGAUAGAUCUGUUAUUGCCAAGAAACUUGGAUUUAAGCAGCAUUUACAAAUAGAGGUAAGGGUUUGGCCUCUGGACUUCUUGUGGGAUUAAUUUUACUAGGUGACCAAAGCAGGAAAGAUGAGGGGAGAUGGGACAACAAAGAGAAUCACCACUUUAAAAACCCCCCACUCCUUCCUGUCUUAGGUCCCCUUCGUUAUGAUAUCUUUAAAAGAUAGUUAUGUUAUGGUCAAAUUCACAGAAUAUAUUAUGUUCUGCAUUGUUUUCUUUUCUUCAAAAUAGAAAAAGCACCAAAUAUUUGCUAUGUAGUUACUUGUUAUUCCAAAAAGAUAGAUGGUCUUACCUUUUGGGCAGGAAAGUGUCAAGUCACCUGAACUAUAUUUCUACUAAAAGUGGAGAUCCUGCUUAUGGUGGGGGCUCAUUUUGGAACAGGAAGUUGGUACUCUGAGGCAUCUAACCUUCUGUCUCCUCUCUAGGCAAUUGGUUUCACAGUAAUUCUUAAUAAAAUAUUAUGUAGUGUUCUGCAGAAGGGAUGGCUGGUACCCAUCUGUAGAAAGAAUUAAAUUGUGAGAGUUUAACUAAAUCACCACCAAUUUAGACAUGUCUUUGCUAUUUUUAUAUGUGUUUGGGGGCUCAGUAUGCUCAGUUUUACAAAGGGAUACAUUAACCUUACAACAAAAAUUUUUAUUGUGAAAUAAAAGCUGAAACUAAGAUUUCACCAUCAAAAAAAAAAAAAAAAAAAAAAAAGAAUCUAAUGUCUGAGCUUUGUGGUGGCCCAGGUCAAUUUCCACCAAUUAGAGGAGGCUAUUUAAUCAAUAAAGCUGGCCAAGAAGCUGGAUACUUUCUCUCAAUCUGUUGUCAUUUUCAGAAAAAAUAUUAUCUAAAGAUACUGAUAACAGCUGACUGGCAAAUUAGAGAAUUAGUCUUGGCAAAAGGCACAAUGAAACAAAUGAGAAUACAUAAAUAGUUUUGUGACCUGUCAGGGGAAAGAACAAUAAAAUGAAUGUCUAAAAAUUUAAAUAUUCAUUGUAUAACCUAAGACACAAAAAAAUCUAUAUCUGUUCAAUUCUCUUAACAUAUGACAAUCUACAUCUUAAAAACAUUAUGUUAUGCAAGACUACUGUCAACUAGUUUUGCUGGAAAAAAGGUCUUCUGCAGCUCAGAGGAGUAAAUUUGCUCUAGGAAUUUUUAUCCCCUCCUCUUUGGGUUUGAAGAGUAAUCCCCCUCUCCAAUCAGUCCUCCACACACAUUUUAAUUGUAAGAGUUCAACAUUUUAUACAGAUAUUAUUAAACCAACCAGGAAACUCCUUUAUGUAAAAACAAUAAAACUGUUACAAUGUAAAUAGUUAAAUUUGUUAUUUUCCUUGUAAUUACAAUAUACGAUUUCUCCCUCUCCCUCUCUGCUCCCCCUCUCUCCCCCCACCCCUCCAUUUUUUUUUUUUUGCACUUAGUUCUUUAACUGUUCACUUCAACCCAUUUCUUUGGUCAUUCAAAUGGAAAUGGAAGCCUCUCUUUAUGUUUGGACUCCUGUAUAUCUACCUUUUGAUUAUGUGGGACUGAUGGCCAGUAUAUCCUAAUAGAAACAAAUCUCCCAGCCCUUAUCUAGCAUUAUCUGUUCACCUUGCCAUGUCCAUCUUGCAAUGAGAUUUAACUUGCACCUGCCUGUUAUUCUGCAUGAUUGGACUCCAAAGACGAUUACCAAUGAUGAGAAUUGUCCUGUGUCCAUUGUUUAUAAAAUGUACUUAAAGCACACACAUAUGCACACACAUUCUCACACAUACUCUUACAGUUUUAGGUCAACCCUGGAAGUCAGAACCAUACAGGUCCAGUUUUUUUACAAGGUCUUAGAGGUGAGAACUGAAGUCAAGCAGCCAGAUGGAUAAAAUGCAAUCUUGGUGAUGUCUAAUAGGGAUUUGAAAUCAUUCAAGUCAUUUCUGUGUUCUUUCUCACAUUUUUUCGUUUCCAAUUUUUCCUUUAUAUUGUCUUUGGACUAGAGGAGAGCUUUGACUUCUUUUGACUCUUCGUAGGGGUUACUGAUCAAUAUAUUGUGUUUCUGUUUCAUAUGGAUUAUUAAAACUGAAGGAAAUCUGAUUCUAUUAACAUAAAACUAAAUCCAAACCCAGACUUUGUUGGAGUUUGCCUGUUAACAAUGGUUAUUGUGAUUGUUGCUGUGGGUUUUGUGUACAGACAGUAACUCUGACGGGUCGCUCAUCAUUUCAUUUUGACCCCUGGUGAAAGAAGCUUGUAGUGUGGUCUGAUUGCACCAGGGAAUAAAUAAGAAAUGAGCAAUGGACUAAUUUCUCACCGUGGGUCAAGAGUGUAUACUAUGAAUACAACCAUAGAAUGCUGUGUUUUCAUUUGAGAUUGGCGUCUUCUAAAAAUAACUUCAUUUAUGUCAUUUAAUACUAGUUGUAUAUCUACAAUUUAGUAAAUUUUCUUUAAAGUAGAAAAAUCAGCAAAAUAAAAACAGGUCAUGUUCUAGGAGUAUUGAGUAAGAAAAGCAGGAUUAAAUUUCCUAGGUUAAUUAUCAGAAAAUCUAAUCAUUUAAAUAUUAUCCAAGAGAUUUCUCUGUGUCUACAUGGUAGCCAACUUUAAUAUCUCAAACUCUUUGGUGAAUUAAAAAAUGUGAUUUUGUGGCUGGAUGAAGGAGGAAGCCACUGAUCUUGUUUAGUUUACCAGGCAGUGUUUUAAUAUUGAGGAGGGGCCCUUCUAUUUCUAUAAAUAAUAUGUUUUAUUAACAAAUCAAUUAUUAUAAAGCCUGGAAGAAUAACAUACCUAUUCUUUGGGGUUAUCAUGCUUAUUCUUUUAUUUAUUUGAGAAAAAAAUAGAAACCAACAGCCUUUCAGUACCUCUGGAAUAGCUCCUGUGCUACUUUCCUUCACAAAUCCUUCUUUCUUAAAUAAUGAAUCUAAAAGUGAUGAAGCAUAGGUACCACAAGAAUAAGAAGGGAAAUUGUAUUCCACAGGAUGAUUGCACAUGGAGUCAGAAGGAGUUAAUGGUAUGCUCUAGGUACCAUAAAAGAUUACCAAAUAUUUGGUAAUUUUGACCAGGUUUGCAAGUACAAGAAGUGGGGCUAUUGGGCAUUACUUUUUUGAAGCAAUGUAUAGAACAAUGAACCUAAAAGGAUGAGUUUAUUUGUUCAGUAGCUGCCCUAGUUAUAGCCAAGGUAGAGAUUUCUCAUAUUACAGAUUCACCAAGAUGAUUUUUGUACAUGUAAUCUUCCUUUUCUGCAAGAGUUUUGAAAGGCAUGCCUGGAAGACAUUUGCAAACAGUGAAGCACACAAAAGGGUCCGUCACCUCUGGUCACCUCCUGUCUAGAGCCACCCUACCUUGAAAGUCUUCAGUCUUGGUACCAGACUGAAUUCCAUCAGCUCAACAAUUUAGAUCAAUUUAAAUAUGUUGCUGAAAACGUGCUCUGGAGAUUUACAUUUCUGGGACACAUGAAAAGUGAUAACAUGUGGAAAAGAAUCAAAUACCCUUUUAAAAUUUUCUAUUCCCUUUAUGUCAAAUAUUUCUUUCUUUAAAGAUGCAUUUUUCCUGUUCAAUAAAAUCAACAUAAAAAGAAGUCUAAAAGGCAACUUAGAGGAUUCAAGCUUCACUCCAUGGAAGUGAUAAUUUUCACUUCCUCAUCAAUGAGUUUCUGGUAUUGUUCUUCAUUUUACCUUGUCUGGACUCUUUCAGUUAAACCAAUGGCUCAUAUUCUUUGCAACUCAAAAGCAGGCACAAACACUAUCCAUAUUAUAAACCCUCCACACUGCCUGCAAAACCAUCUCAAAUAUAAGCUGUCUUCCAUUUACACUUUUAAAUCAGUGUUGGCAAAAAUACUGUCUAAAACAAUUAUAUAAAAUAAAAUUUUAUAAUGCAAAUAAUAGUAUUUUACACAGGCAAAAAGAACUAAUAGUAUUAGAAUAUUUCUUUUAUAAGAGGAAGAUUUGCAAAAUGCAAUCACCUCUUCCUUAAUGUUAAUAUAUUACAAAAUUGGCUCUAAGCAAGGUCUAGGAACACCGUUCUGAAUUUCUAGUCUAAUUUCUGAGCUAUAUUUUAAAACAGUUUAUUAUUUCACUCCAAAGACAUUUAUUGAACACCUUUGUGUACCUUUGUGUAGGAGACAAAAUGUGUGGUCCUUAUCUUCAAAAAUUCAGAGUUAAGAAAUCUGUAUUUAAAAAUAAGUGAUAAGAGCAAAAUAUCUUUAUAUCAUUUGCUUUCUUAAAUAAUAGUAUUUAAAUUAGUGGUAUUACUUGAAUCCAUUUUUACUGUAUGCUUUAAGCAAUGAAACAGCAAAUCUGCUUCUUCCAAUGUUCUCAUUUUGUCUAAUUGUAUCUAAGUACACUUAAUGAAUCAGCUUAAGAGAAUUUUGGUAUUUUCCAUUAUAUUAUGGGAGAUGAAAUCAUUUUUACAACUUAUAUAAAGAACAGUAUGUGUGUUUGUCUGCAGUGCAAAAGAUUUGCUUUAACACAUGUUUCCUAUGGGGUUUGGAUGCUGAGAUUGAGGCUCAUACUGCUGGCAUCACAAUAUCCACAUCAACAAACAAAAUCACCAGGGGUACUGGUAUCUCUGCAGUGAACAGAUACACUGAAGCCA